AUGACCCAAGAUAUACAAGCAAUGUUGCAUGAUCAUGAAAUUUCCACAUGGUUGGGGGGUGAGAAGACAAGCCGCCAAGCACAACACCAUUCCGACCUACAGGUUCUCCGAGCGGAUGAGGCCUGCGAAUUCUUGUUGGAAGAAACUAAGUUCGUCGAAUGGUACCAAACCUCCGGUUCCUCGCAGUUGGCAAUUCUAGGGGACAUGGGCAGUAGAAAGUCUGUUGCCAUGUCAUUUCUUGUAGACGAGCUGAGUCGAAGGAGUGAACAGCAACUACCCCAGCCGAAGAUAUGCUAUCACUAUUGCCAGAACGAUGAGACAGGCAAGGCUGCCUUUGUUGUGUCUGCUCUGAUUCUAUCGCUUCUUGUGCAGCUUCCAGGGCUGAAAAAUCCAUUCUGCGAGUGGUAUAAGCAGGCUCAGCUUUCUGGAGUUGUUGACCCGGCAAGGAAUAUUUGGAAGCUGGAAGAGUUCUUGGAGAAGCUGACCGGAGAAAUUGACAGUCCCAUCUUUGUCGUAGUUGACGGUCUAGAUGAAUGCGACACGGUAUCUCGUAACAGUCUCCUCAAACUAUUGAAAGCCUUGUCGCGAAGACCCUGGGGGCUCAAAAUACUACUGUCUUCUCGGCCUCAGGAAGAUAUCUUGACGCAAUUAAAGGAAAUGGGAAUGGCGAAGAUUGACUUUAGUCCCAGUAUUCAACGAGAUACGAUCAUUGUCGAGAGGACCGUUGAAAGGCAAUUAUCCGGUUUGUCGCGUGGAGUCAAAGACAUCAUUAUCAAGGAACUAUCAAACCGGGCGCAAGGAAGCGCCAUAUGGACCAAGAUGAUCGUUGAGCUCAUCCAAAUCCGUGGGAUCACGGCAGAAAGUCCGAUGCGGUCGUUUAUCAAGCAAGUUCCUUUGCCCGACGAGCUGUCAAAUAUCUAUGCAGCAUUGCCUCUUAGCAUAAUAGAGCUCUCAUGGGCUGCCACGCUGGGUGCAACCCAACACGGUGAUACUGUGGGCGCUCUUGCUGAACUCGUCGAUCACAAGAGGCUCAUGAGGCUCAUUCAUCCUUUCAUUUCUCGCGUUGACUAUAGCGACAUAACGAAGCAUCAAGUGCGACUCACCCAUCAGUCUGUGAAGGAAUUCAUCCGAAAAGAAUGGACCCAGGAUCGGCCUUGUUUACAAAGGCAGGCCUCGAACAAUAUUCACCAGAAAGGUCUUGACCAAUGUGAUGAAAGUCUCGAAGCUUGCAUCUUAGAUGUUUGCAUCAGAUACCUUCUUUUGAAUGAAAUUGCUGCUAGAGAUCUGUUUUCAGAAGAGCAAGCGGGAGUUGCAGAACUCCCUCAGGGGCUUGACCUAUUCAACGACAACGAAGAGCCAGUGGAGUACGAUCCAUAUUGUGCGUGGGAAACUUGGGAAGAGGACAUGACUCGGUAUGAUCCCAUCGAGCGUGGCUUUAGUGAAUUUUUUGUCUACGCGUCAUGUCAUUGGCUUAGGCAUUUUGGUGCCAUCACGGCGGAGCCUCUUCCUAGUCUGACAAGCAUAGAGGAAGUAUGCCGAGCAGGCUCGACUCACCUUCGCAAUUGGAUUCAACAAAACUGUCGCCCGGGCUGCACAAUCACGCCCCGAUUUCAAUUUGAGAGCUGCCUGUACGACCCCCUCAGCAUCACCGCGCUCUAUGGCUCAGAAGCCAUGCUACGUGAAAUGCUCAAGAAGUCAGACUUUGAAAGAGAAGUCUUUCUGCGAGAGCCAGCUAUAAAAGCUGUGGACCAGAUUCUUGACUGGGGCGAAAUUUCCAGAAUUAAAAUCCUCUUUUUAGACGAGAAACUUGGUCCUCGACUGCAAAACCUGGACUUCUUUCGGCUUCUCUUAAGAAAGUGGCACAACCAUCGUGAAAAAUUCGACUGUGUCUUUGAGCUCAUUGAUGAUGUGGUAGAUCGGCUGAUACACGAACGAUGGGGAAACAAGCUCCUCUGUGCGGCUGCUGGCGCAGGGUGCAUCCCUAUAAUUCGGCGGUUGAUACGCAUCGCUCAACGGUGCCCAGAACUGAGAACAUCAAGGCUCUGCAACCCCGAAAUGCUCCGACUUUUGCUCCCCCGUUUCCAAGAAGGUAUACAUCAGGUCGACCAUCAAGGAAAAACAGUCAUAAUGGGGAUUGUUACGAGCUCCUCGGCUGCAGAGGACCGGCAUGAAUCGGCCAGAAUCCUGCUGUCGCAAAGAGGCGCCAACCGGAACAGCCAUCUCCAGAGUAUGCAACCGAACCCUUUGAUGGUGGCGGCGCGGCUUGGGGAUAUGGAGAUGUGUCGCAUCUUGGUUCAAAUCGGCAAGAUGGAUCCACUUUCCAUCCUGACUGGUGAUAGCCAAGAGCAACUGGAUUUGGGGGACAGGGCUCCAGAGAAUGGGAAGAAUAUGCUGCAGGUCCUAGAACUUUUAUGUGCACAUGCAAAUUGA